AUGGACCCGCGCUUGACUAUGGGCGACCUGCGCACAGAGGCGCCCACGGUGACUGGCAACUCUACCUUGCUUUUCUUCACGCCGUGUCAGCGCUUCACCCUGGCCAUCUACGCCGCGAGCGCGCAGGCAGCGCUCAUGCAGGGCGACGAGCAGCCCGACCAGCAGCUGUUCAUGGCGCAGCCCCGUGAAGGCCUUCCAGGCUUCGACCCGAAACAGUUGAUCCAGAUCCUGAAGGGGGAGUGGCUUACGCCCCACUUCCCGUUCAAAAUGCUUCAAAAUCCGCUGGAUCCUGCGCUGUACUACGGUUUCGACCCGCUCGACGAGCUGUGCGUGGUGGUGGCUCACGUGGACGACCUGCUGCUGGGUGUUUCCACCAAGUACCAGGUGCUCUACAACAGGCCUGAGGAAAUGAAAAUGGCGUGCUACACCUGCGGCAGACCGCAGACCGAAUACGCGAACACCAUCGAGGACAUCUCGCUGAGCCAGGAGCGGAAGAGAGCGCUGACAGCAGAGGCGACGCCAGCCGAGUUCUCGUACAACCGCUCCGCUCUAGGAGCACUGGGUUCAACUUGGCUCUCAUCGCAGACUCGACCUGACCUGGCGGCUGGAGUGGCCAUGGGCCAACGCACGCAGAACACGCCCACUGUCCAG